AUGACCGCUAAUAAUGAAUAUCCGAAGGCGUCGAAUGCCACCUUAAUUGGAGCUAGUAUAACUUACAUAGCAGGCUUAUUUCUUUUGCUAUCUUUUGCCGGACCAUAUUGGAUCGAAUCAUAUUCAGAAAUGUUUUCUCCUUUCAAGCAUAUGGGAUUAUGGGAGUAUUGCUUUGAUCGUUUUCGAUUUCCCUCUUUUCAAUAUGAUAAGCUAUUCCACGGUUGCCACUACAUUUUCAGUGAGGAAUAUUAUGUUAUAAGAGAGUGGCUUUUACCAGGGUGGCUAAUGGCUGUACAAUCAUUUGUCACUUUAGCUUUAAUAUUGUCCUUUACUUCCCAAGUUUUAUUGGCGUGUGUUAUUGUCCGUUGGCCUUUAAGAACAGUACUUCGAUAUGAAUGGAUAUUUGUAUCUUCUUCUUUUGCAAUGGUGGCAAUAUCAAGUGCUUUCCUGUUUUUGGCCGUUGCAAUUUUUGGUGGAAAUUGUUAUCGCCGUGACUGGUUGCUUUAUCCAUCCUUCAAUGUACUCUCGUGGUCAUAUGCAUUUGCUGUUAUUGCUUUUAUAUUAUUUGGUCUUGCAGCUGUUCUUUUGUUCUUGGAAGCCAGAAAACUGUAUGAGCUUCGUUUAGAAGCUAAAAAUUUAGUGGCGCAAAUGCAACACAGUCAACCAGAACAUGCAUUGCAUCAGUUGCGUGACCAGUUGCAACAACAACAACAGCAUCUGACUUAUUAUAGACGU